AUGGCUCCUGACCGUUGCUACAGCACAGUAAAGAGCUGCAAGGUGGUUGUAUGCAGCCGGGGAUCUGUAGGCAAAACUUCAAUCUUGGAACACAUUCCGUAUGGAAACCAUGUAGUGGACUCUGAGAUCAUUAAGGUGCAGGAAGACAUCUAUGUGGGCUCCACUGAGACAGACUGGGGAGUGCAGGAGCAGGUCACCAUCAUGGUCCUCAGCAACAAGUAUGAUCUGCAGGUGCAGCAGCAUUUGGUCCCAGGUAUGGCUCAGCACUGGGCCAAGUCAGAGAAAGUGAAGCUGUGGGAGAUAUCAGUGGCCAAUUGCCGCUCCCUCCUGGAGCCCUUCAUCUACCUGGCCAGCAAGAUGACCCAGCCCCAGAGCAAGCCCAACUUCCUCCUUAGCCACAAGAACAAGGGCAGUGGCUCCAUCCCUCAAUCACCCUCUCAACCCAAUUCCAAUUUCUGGGGUUCUGAAAGAUAG